CAGCUCCCCGCCCACGCCGGAAAGCGGAAUGCCGUAAAGCGCGGGUGCCGUCGCCGCCAUCACCAUCAUCAUGUACCACAGCAGCACCCAGCGCAAACACUGGACGUUCCGCAGCGAGCAGGAGCUGGAGCGGUGCCGGGACGAGGCCAACCGCAACUUCCACAGCAAGGCGGCGGCGACUGGGAAGGUCCCGCAGAACGACCCUCGGCUUCUGAAGCCCCAUGAGGAGCUGGCGAUAUGCAAGCACUACGAAAAGCGGCUGCUGGACUUCUGCGCCGUCUUCAAGCCCGCCAUGCCGCGAUCCGUGGUGGGAACAGCUUGCAUGUAUUUCAAACGCUUUUACCUCAAUAACUCGGUGAUGGAGUAUCAUCCUCGGAUAAUAAUGCUGACAUGUGCAUUUUUGGCCUGUAAAGUGGAUGAAUUUAAUGUGUCCAGUGCACAGUUUGUUGGUAACCUUCGAGAAAGCCCUGCUGGACAGGAAAAAGCUCUUGAACAAAUACUGGAAUAUGAGCUACUGCUUAUUCAGCAACUGAACUUCCAUCUUGUCGUCCACAAUCCAUACAGGCCGUUUGAGGGAUUUCUGAUCGAUCUAAAGACUCGCUAUCCAGUGCUGGAGAAUCCUGAAGUUCUGAGGAAGGCAGCUGAUGACUUCCUCAGCCGAGUGGCUCUGACGGAUGCAUACCUGCUCUUCAGUCCCUCACAGAUAGCUCUCGCUGCCAUAUUAUCCAGUGGUUCAAGAGCAGGAAUUAAUAUGGAAAGUUAUUUAUCGGAAAGUCUUAUGCUGAAAGAAGACAGAACAACCUUAGCCAAGCUACUAGAUGGCAUGAAAUGCAUGAACAAUCUUAUAAGGAAAUAUGAGCUGCCAAAGUCUGAAGAGGUUGCUGCUCUAAAACAGAAAUUGGAGAAGUGUCACAGCUUGGAUCUUAAUACAAACUUGAAGAAGAGGAAAGGUUAUGAAGAUGAUGAGUAUGUUGCAAAGAAACCUAAAAUGGAUGAGACAGAAUACCAUCCUGUGCUUAGGAGGGUUCUUGAAUACCGCAGUCUUUUGUGGGGAGGGAAGGAACAUGCAGGCCAUCCUUCCUGCUGUUCCGUGUGCUUCGAAAGUGUUUUAACAAACCACAGAACAUCAAGCUUUGUACUUCCAGCAGGUGAAACUCCCGUGAUGCUAGUGAGGGGCAAUAGCUGUGAAACUGAGGUUUGGAGUGCUGCGAUGAAAAGAGUUUUUGGAAAGCCAGGAACUGAACACUUGUGGGGAAAUUCCAGCUUUACAGGUGGAAACUCACUCAAUUAUGGGCAAAAUAAAUGAGUAUAUGCUGGAAUAAAGUCAAAGGAGGCUUUUUUAAGGAA